AGGAACGCGCAAAGCCACCAUUGGCCAGCCGUCCUCCCCCGAAAACCCCACCCAUCGUCCCGUGACAAAUGCAACUUUUACUUCCGGCUGAGUUCGGCUGGCCUCGGCGCUAGAUUUUUCGGCCAGUCGUCACUACUCGUCAGCAGCGUCGUCAGUGCCUCAGCGCGUGUUGUCCCCCUCGGCUGUAUAGUCCGCCAGACUCCUCCUCAUACACACGGCAGCUGUGCUCCUAUACAGUCCCUCUCUCUCUCUCUCUCUCUCUAUAUAUAUAUAUCUUUUUCUCUGCCUCUGUCUCUCUCUCGCACGCACUCUAUCUAAGUAUCAUCUAUUUCGCUCGCGCGCUCAAUCUAGAUAGUCCGAGAGAGUGUAGCGAUCGAGCGGAUCGAAGCCAGCAGAGCGAGGAAUAAGCAUCGAGAGCCAGUCGCUCCGUAAGCAGCCAGUAGCAACCGCACACCGCGCGUCACCUUGCAAUUUGCAGUUGUAUAUCUCCGAGGGAUACCUUUUGUUUGUCGUAUGUCCAUCCAGAAUCUCAACACAUUCGACCCCUUUGCAGAUGCAAUCAAGGGUUCGGACGACGAUGUCCAGGACGGCCUCGUACAUAUAAGGAUCCAGCAGCGGAAUGGUCGCAAGACCUUAACAACCGUGCAGGGCCUCUCGUCUGAAUAUGACUUGAAGAAAAUUGUCCGAGCAUGUAAAAAGGAGUUCGCAUGCAAUGGGACUGUAAUUGAGCACCCGGAGUACGGGGAGGUGUUGCAGCUGCAGGGGGACCAGCGAGAAAAUAUAUGCCAGUGGCUAACAAAAUCUGGUCUGGCGAAACCUGACCAACUGAAGGUUCACGGUUUCUAACUGACAAAACAGACAACAAAAAACACCCAUGCCACUACCAUUUAAAACAACUCCACCUUUACCGAUACUUAAUCGUCUCAAAUUCUUUGUAUCAGUCACUACUACUCAUUGAUACUACUCGUGGAAUACCCCAUCUCAUUAUAUACGCAUAUAUAUUUCAAUAAACAAAAAAAUAUAUAACAAUACCAGUAUAAACAUAGGCACAAUACUAUUUUAAUCAGACAGCAGUUUUGUAAGAAUUAUAGGGAAGCAAUAUUUUACAGCCUUAUGUUAGGUAAUCUAACGUGGACCACGAAGAUUACAAAGACGAUUUUGUCACAUUUUGUGUAAUAGCGAUAAACGUAACUAGGCAUUUUUCAGAGAAUACGUAAACAAGCGGUAAAUACUGUUAGCGACGAAUGGGUCUUCAUUUUGAUAUUAGAUAAUAUGUAUCUGGGCGCAAUAGACGUGUUCAGAGAGAUUUUAAAAGUAACUUCUUAGGGCUCAGAUUGGCUUUUUUCUUACUUCUUACUGUAAUAAAAUCAUUUUUUUUUUAAGAUUCCAUAAAAAAAUGUUUUACUUUUCACAUAUUAUGCGUAAAAGACGAAAGAUGUAGUUUUUGCGCUUAAAUGAACACAAUGUUGAAUGACGUUCAAGUCAUGCGUUCUAUCAACUUUUGUGCCUUUAAGUCUGCAUCGAUUUAAGAUAUAAAUAUAUCAUUUGUGAAAACUCGACAAGUUCUGUCAAUAUCCCCUUGUGUAAUAACGCGAUGCGACUUUCCGAUUUUUAGUUUUUCGUUAAAAUCUUUCUUCCCAUUGAAAAAAAAGCAAAACAGUAUUCUUGACUCUGAAUUGUUUAUUUUCCUUUUUCAAUGAAAAAAUGUGGCUGUUCUAGAUAAAUAAAUGGCAAUUCACCAGUUUUACGUAGCCGGUUAUUUGUUUUCCUUUCAAACAAGCCAUAACGUUUCUACCUGCCGACGAAGCAUAUGAUACUAUGUCUUAGAUGUGUACCACGAGAGUGAAUGAAAUCAUGAAUAAAAAAGUGUUUCUGCGUUGUAAA